ACAUUUUGGACUUACAAUGCACAUGGACUAAUAUACCUUCGGACACCAAACAUCAAGCACAACUUUAUGAAGAAACAGUAAAAAGAAACGCAAUAAUGUCGAAAUUUACCAACGAACUGAAGCGUUAUUAUUCGUGUCGAUGGAGAUUAUGCUAUGCUUGUGGUAUGGCUUUUCUUCUGCUUCAAACUUUAAGAGUUGAUCUAAGUAUGGCUUUUGUAUGCAUGUUGAAAACACCCAAUCGUACAACUGAGGAAGUUAACAAUACUACAAACGAUCAACAUUGUUCAGGUUUAGAGAAUCAUUCAACGAACCAAACGUUUGAAGGAGAGUUUGAAUGGAGCAACUCACUACAAUCCAAUAUGUUGGCUGGGUACUUCUAUGGGUAUAUGGUGACUGUUUUGGGCGGCAUAUUGGCAGAUAAAUAUGGUGGGAAAAGAGUUCUGGGAGCUUCACUUCUCUCAGCAUCCAUUCUGGCCAUUCUUCACCCAAGUUUAUCUCGGAUUAGUGGAUACAUUACGCUUGUUCUAAGGAUAUUGACAGGAGCAGUAUCGGGGCUGUUGCCUCCAGCAAUUCAGUCCUUAUUUGGACGUUGGGGACCUCCACAAGAGAUAGGUAUAUUGAUAGGGUUUUCAUUUGCAGGUCAACUCCUUGGAAGUAUUGUAGGUCUUUCAAUAUCAGGUUACCUCUGUGUUUAUGGAUUUGAUAACGGAUGGGGUUCCAUAUUCUAUGUAUUUGGUGGAAUAUCAUUCAUGUUUAGUUGUGUGUGGUUUUAUGUUGUUUAUGAUAAUCCAGACGUCCACCCCACUAUUAGUGAAGAAGAACGUUCGUACUUAAAAAAGACAAUAAAAUGUGAAAAUGCAGUUAAAAAUGUACCGUGGAAACGGCUAUUCUUAUCACCGGCUGUCUGGGCAAUAAACUUUGGUUUGUUUGCAUAUUCCUGGACGAAU